AUGUCUUCGUCAAAGCCUUCCGGAGAGGUGGUGGAUGGCAAUCUCGAAUAUGAUGGUCGUGUCAUUAUAUACAUUCUCAAAGCGGAUCAAACCAACUACAUCAACUACAUCAAGCCUUUGAUUCUUGCCGAAGAGCUAAAGUUUCCACAUGUCCUCUCUAUCAUCGAUACCAAAGAUGAGUGGUAUUACAGCAUUCAUCCCGAACGUUACGUCCCUGCAUUGCGUGAUAGGGAUCCAGAAACGAACCAAGAUAUCGUCGUUUUCGAGAGUACAGCCUGUUUGCAAUACCUUGCAGAGAGGUUCGACAGCGAAGGUUCAUGGACCGGUCGAACGGCAUGGGAAAAGGCUGCUGUGAUGUCUUGGACAGCCUAUGAAACAGCUGGCUUAGGUGCAACGGCAAAGUACUGGCUUUACUUCCUGAAAGGCUUUCCGAAUCGGCAGAAGCCUGAGCCACCCAUGAAAGCUGUCGAAAAGUUACACGCAAACGUGCUAACGCAAUGGGACAUCAUGAACAAGCGCCUCUCAGUGCCCAACCAGCUUUACGUGGCUUUACCAGAUCGCCCCACCAUUGCCGACCUCUCGUAUCUCCCCUUUGCCAUGCCUUGGAUGUUCACGUUCCUUGGUGUUGACAUUAAGGAUUGGCCUUACAUCCAAGCCUGGAGCGAACGUAUGGCGGAACGGCCUGCGGUGCAAACGAUACUCGAAAGGGGUCCAAAAUACGGUCAUUGA